AUGUCAAGCGCAUCUGAUCCCAAGGGAAAGGGCAAGGCUGUGGAGCCAGAAAACCGCGAAGUGAGCAUGGAAGGCGAGGACGAUAGCUCCAGCGAGGAGGAGGUUGACGAGGCCGAGCCCGUUGCGGACGAGCCUGAUGAUGAUAACAUGGAGGAAAUCGACCCCAGCAACAUUAUCGCCGGCGGUCGCCGCACUCGCGGUCGCACGAUCGAUUUUGCCAAGGCUGCGGAGGAGCUUCCUGAGGAGGACGAAGAUGAGGAGGAGGAUGACGACUUCGAGGCCGCCGAGGAUGAGGACAAGAUGGAGGAAUAA